GUGACAAUGGACAGUUAUGAACAAUAUUCUACUGUAAUACUAGAGUUGGCUAUUUCUAAACAAUAAUGACUGGUGUAAUUACAAGCAGAUCAAGAGUCCGUCACUUAACCCAACUUCCGGCUUGCAUCCCGGAAGCUGAGGGCAGAAAUACGGGCCAUGUUUCUUCCUGAGUCAGCAUGAUGACGUAGGUAGCAGUUCCCGCGUCACGUAACUUCCCUGAUGUGUGGAUGGGGGUUUUCCAGCUGUAGGCGAGCUGGUGAAUAACAACAGAAAUAUAAAGUCCGUCUACCUGGUACUGCGGCAUUUGAAGGCUGCAUCCAUGCAGAACUCGAGCGGACCAUUCACCUGCCACUGAGUCCAGAGCGCUGAGACAUGGGUCUGCUCGCUGCUGUUUCACUUCUCGUCAUCUGCGCCGUAUCUACCCAGGCGUAUGUACUUCCCCGGCCAUACCCGAAGCCAUGGCUACCUCCACCAUACCUGCCGCACCCCUUCCCUCAGUACCCUUCUCCUGACGGCAUAGACGGGCUCAGGGUCAGGCGAUCUACGGACGAUGUCGCCCCUCAGGAGGAGCUGUUCUAUGUUGACGUCAUCAAUCAGGUGGAGGCGUUUGAGGUGCCGAAAGACGACCUGACAGAUCACGUUACUGUUCUGAUGGACGCAAAGCGGGGUGUUGCCGUCUACAAGGACAUGACGCAGGAAGUCUGUAUGAUCAGCCGCCUGGAUGACAGCAUCCUCCCUAGCAACGCACAACAGGCCAGACACUUCAAAGUCAAGGUUCUUACCGAGGAAGAAGAAGAAGCCUACCUUAAUGCAGCGAAGGACGCGGGACAGCAGCCUGUCCUGAUGACCAGUACGGGCGCACAGGUGGAGAACCUGGCGGAGGUGGCGGGGCAGACAGCCGCCGACCUGUGCGGAGAGUACCCCGUGUACGAGCUGGUACCGGAGGGUCCACACAGGACCAGGCGGAUCGUGCCGCUCCUGGUCCGCGGGGCGGUGGCGCUCGGGCGGAGCCGGGCUUUCAGGGUAGCUGUGGUCGCCGGGGCCACGCUGAUGUUGACGGGAGAUACAGGGCGCAACUAAACCUUGUCUAUUCCCGACUUCUUUGCUCAGUUAAGUUAUGAUAUAUUUGAAAAUCGACUGCCUAAAUACUUACAAUCUCUAUUACAUAUCUUAUUGAUAAAAUUACAUAUGAUUAAUAUCAUGUUUUAACAAGGAGCUUUUAUCAGGUGUUUUUAACUACCUCUGUCAAUCAAAUGUACAUUGUUAUAGAGUUAUAGGUAUUACGUCCUACUACUUCUGAGAUAUUGUUACCAGGAUACAGUAUUGAUUUUUAUUAAUUGCUGUCCUUUGAAGGGAGCCAUGUAAGAUAGCAUU